AUAUUUCAGUACAUUUCGCGCCUUUUAAACUGUCGCACGUAUUUUUUUAAUCAUUAUUCGAAUGUAUUUAUGGUUUUGGUUUUAGUUUUUUUUUCUUAUGUGCCAGUGUUUUUAAAUGAUGUGGCUUUUUUCAAUAUUUUCUAGACCAAAGUGAACUAUGUAACAGUUUUUUUUAAAUUAAUGAGUGAUAGGUAGUGCUUGUGUGAGUGAAAAUGCAUCCUAGUAAAAGUGGAGCAGGAACAGUUCCUAGACUAAAAAGGAGGGAAACGUGGCGUCAAAAAAAGCUGGACACAUGGUUCGGGAGGCCGAAGAAGCCGAGCGGGGGUCCGGACCGCGGGUACGACACGGUCCCGCGGGGGGCGGAGCCCCGGGCCGAGGAUGACGAGCGCUCGGCCGCCGCGGAGUACACGAACAAAAUCAACGCUCUCAACGAUGAUCAGCUGCAGAGGCGGUUUGAGGAGAUGCUUUCUGACAUGAACCUUAGCGAGGAGAAGAAGGCGCCGCUGAGGAAGUACUCCCGGGAUCAGAAACAGAAGAUGUUGGUAGCUUACAAAUUUGUUAACGCACAGGAAGGGCGGUCAAAGUUCGAAAAACCAUCGGACUACGUCACCUAUCUGAACCAGCCUGAACUGUCUGUGGGCAAACUGCACAGCUGUCUGGAGAAUCUGAGGAUAGCUUUGACAAACAAUCCUCUGUCGUGGAUAGAAGAGUUCGGAACGAAAGGCAUAGAGGCGUUGCUCAACACGCUCAACUUGUGUUAUGUUAACGACUCCCGCUACGACCGCGUGCAGAACGAGUGCAUCCGCUGCAUAGCGGCCAUCCUGAACAACACGGUGGGCAUCCGCACCAUGUUCGAGUGCCGCGAGGCGCUGCCCGUGCUGGCGCGCAGCCUGCAGCCGCGCCAGCCCGUGUGCGCGCUCGAGGCCGCCAAGGUCUUAGCCGCCAUCUGCUUGAUACCCAACGGGCACGAGAAAGUUCUGGAAGCUAUCACGAUGGCAGGCGAGUCGAGUCAGAAGCCCAGGUUUCUGCCUAUCGUUGAGGGGUUGGAUCCCAAGGCUCCAGAGAGUUUGAAGAACGGCUGUAUGCAACUGAUGAAUGCAAUAAUCACGGAACCAGAAGAAUUAGAGUUUAGAAUGCAUCUGCGUAGCGAGUUUAUGAGAACUGGACUCUAUGACCUUAUAGACGAGCUUCGAGCAAGUUCUGAACGUGCGAGAGAAAUACAAAUGACAGUGUUUGACACGCACGCGGCGGCUGAUCAUGACGAGUUCCUGGCGAGGUUCGACGACGUCAGAGUGGACUUCAACGACGCGAAUGAAUGCUUCGAGUUGGUGAAGAAUCUAGUGCUGGACACGCCGGCGGAGCCCUACUUACUGUCUAUAUUACAGCACUUGCUGUUUAUAAGAGACGACGAAUUGAUAAGACCAGCAUAUUACAAGCUAAUUGAAGAAUGUGUGACGCAAAUAGUGUUACACAAGAACGGAUACGACCCGGAUUUCAGAGCGACGCAAAGGUUCAAUAUUGACGUUCAACCGCUCAUCGACGGGCUAAUAGAAAAAUCUCGAGCUGAGGAGGAGAGGAAGGUGGAGGAGCUGAACGGCAAGCUGGAGGCGGCCAUCGCGGCGCGGCAGGAGGCGGAGGCGCGCGCCGCGCACCUCGAGGGGCGGCUGCAGGCGGCCGGCGGUGCGCCCGCGCACUCGCACGCCAACAUCGCCGCCAUCGCUAAGGCGAUAGGAAGUCCGGGAGGUCCGCCGCCACCACCUCCGCCGCCGAUGCCUGGAGGGGGCCCGCCACCGCCGCCGCCUCCCCCCAUGCCUGGAGCCAAUGCAGGCGGUCCGCCCCCGCCGCCGCCGCCCCCGCUGCCGGGCGGGCCGCCGCCGCCGCCCAUGCCGGGCGCGGGCCCGCCCCCGCCGCCCAUGCCCGGCAUGGGGCCGCCCCCGCCGCCCAUGAUGGGGGGGCCCAUGAUGCCCAGGAUGCCCCAACCAGACGUCUUACCCCACGGUCUGAAGCCCAAGAAACGGUGGGAGGUAGAGGGUCCACUGAAAAGGGCUAAUUGGAAGACAAUAGUGCCGCAGAAGAUGUCUGAAAAGGCUUUCUGGGUCAAGGUGCAAGAGGACAAACUGGCGUCUCCAGAUAUCCUGAGUGGGCUGGCCAUGAAGUUCUCCAGUAAACCUGUCGCCAAGAAGAACGAGGAUUCUGUCGAUAAAGUGCCAACAUUGAAGAAGGUCAAAGAUCUCAAAGUGCUAGACAGCAAGGCGGCUCAGAGUCUCUCAAUCCUUCUCGGCGGUUCCCUCAAACACAUGUCGUAUUCUCACAUAAGGACGUGUAUAUUGAGAUGUGACACGCAAGUUUUGACUGCCAACGUUCUUGACUUAUUAAUACAGUACCUCCCCCCCGCGGACCAGCUGAAGAAGCUGUCCGAGCUGAAGUGCAACGUGUCGGAACUGACCGAGGCGGAGCAGUUCGCCGUCACGGUAGCUGACGUCAAGCGGCUGCUGCCCCGGCUGAGGAGUCUCGCCUUCCGGGAACACUACCGGGAGAUCAUCGCCGAGGUCAAACCUGACAUAGUAUCCGGGACGGCGGCUUGCGAAGAGGUGAAAUCAAGUAGUAAAUUCGCCAAAAUACUUGAGCUCUUACUACUACUGGGCAACUAUAUGAACACGGGGUCUAACAAUGCUGGCGCUUACGGCUUCGAGAUCAGUUUUCUUACUAAGCUAACGGCGACGAAGGAUCUUGAAAACAAGCAGACAUUACUUCACUACCUCGUGGAAACCAUAGAGAAUAAAUUCCCGGAUGUACUCAAAUUCGCCGAGGAGAUGCCUCACAUAGACAGGGCGGCCCGCGUGUCAAUGGAGAACCUGCAGAAAUCCCUGAAGAAGAUGGACAGCGACAUCAGAGCUUUGGAGACGGACCUCAACAACUCCAGGGUGCCUCAGUGCCCGGACGAUCUGUUCCACGAGACUAUGAACUCAUUUGCGAAAGAAGCUCGCGAACAAUGCGACCUCCUCAACUCUAUGUAUCGCAAAAUGGAGGCAUUAUACAAUGAAUUAGCCGAAUAUUAUGUGUUCGACCCGCACAAAUAUACGUUGGAGGAGUUCUUUGCUGACAUCAAGACGUUUAAGGACUCGUUUAUCACGGCGUACCAAGAGAACGUGGUGGCGCGCGAGAUGGAGGAGCGCAACCGGCGCGCGCGCAGCGCCCGCGAGCUGGCCGAGCGCGAGCGGCGCGAGCGCGCGCACCGCUACCAGCAGUUCGUGGACAUGGAGCGCGCGCAGGACGGCGUCAUGGACAGUUUGAUGGAAGCGCUACAAAGCGGCUCGGCGUUCAGCAGAGAGCGGCCGAGGAAGAAGGCGAACCCCAGGGCGGCGGGAGCGGAGAGGAGAGCUCAGCUCAGCAGGUCGCGGUCCAGAUCUGGCUUGACAGGGGCAAUGACCGCCAGGGAGUUGACCAACGAGCUGCUCAGCAACGCGUGAUGAAGCUCACAUUAUCAAGUGAUAUUAGUAUUGUAAAAUAUAUUAGUUUUAAGCUUAAAUAUAGUCUAACACAUUCAACGGUAGAAUUUAUAAGGAGUCUUUGUGACAAGUGCGAUACUUUUCUCAUAAGAUGGGUUUUUUAAUGACAGAAUAAUGGCCUGAUGAAAUGCUUAUUUUGGCCCAAAUUGGCCUAUUUUUAACAAUCUAUUUUUAAGUAUCUUGGUAUAGAGACUAAAUUUGCAGUAUCUAAAUUUCUCUUAUCUUGGCCAUACAAAUUAGGUACAGUCAACCGCGUAUCAAGUUAACCCAGCAUGGAACUUUAAGACAUGUGUUAGAAGGCGACUGUGCAGUGAAAUAGAAAUAAAUUUAUUUUCAGAAUUGAAUACAAGGUAUCGCGUAUUGACGUCAACAUGACUUAAGUCUAAUUACUACCGCUUCCAAAGCGCAAAUGUGUAAAAGAAGCGACGGAACAAACUACACUGCACCAUUUUCAACGGACGUCAAUUUACAAAUAUAGAUCUUUUUAAUCUAAAUCUACAUAUGUGGUCAUUGUCCACAUUAAAAUUGUGAAUAAGUAUUAAAGUAAUGAUUUUCAAUAUAAGCGGCAUCUGGGCAAGUUGAUUUGCUGUUGACUGUACAUACCCUGGUUACGGCUUUCGGAACAGCUUUAAGGUCAUUCUCAUCUCAUCUUUUUGUGUUCCCAGUUGCACCCUCGGCGCUGUUAAUUUAGACCCUGGGGUCAGCUUGGGGUUCUAACAUAAUUGAUUUUGUUAUAUCCUUUGUAUAAAUAGUACUACUUACUUUAACCUAAAGAAUAAUAUGAAAUUUCCACUUAAAAUUAUAGGGUUGUGUUGCUAGAAUUUCACAAUUAUAUGCUUCCGAAAAUUCUCAUUUUGUAAACUGUAAUACUGGAUAUAUUUUUUUAAAACAUUACACGAAUUUAAGACAUUGCUCAUCUGCCAAAAAAUAAUUUUCUUUAGAAUUAGAUUUAUUUAAUAAGAGUUAUUUUUUUUAAAUUAUGACUUGUCUGCAUGCAAUGAGAUUUUAUGUUAUGUGGCAGCAGAUUAAGAUAUAAAUAAUGGACUCUUUAUUCAAAAUUUAAAAAAGAAAUAAGUAUUCUAUGUUGUUUAAAAAAUAUAUCCUGUAUUAAAGUGUACUUAUUUAUACUUCCACAUUGCGUCCCAAAAUAAUAAAAUAAUGGACUUUUCCAAUAAUUAAUGCGCUUAGUAAUUAUUUAAUUGAUAAAUAUGAGUAUCUAAUACAUAAUGUACGGUUGCUCGCGAAAUGCCUUAUAUAAUGCUAACUUUAUAUUUGUAUAUACCGAUUUUUAUAUUCGUAGUUUUGUAUCGAUAUUCAAGUAGAUAAAAUUACGCAAGUUCUGAUACAAUAAUAUUGAUUGCGAUUAUUGAUUAUUUCCAGCACGAGAUGGCAUAAUCUAAAAACUAAAAAAAGCCAGUACCUCGAUCUAGGUACUUUCAUCUAGGCCUUCCCACUCCAACUUUUCCAUUCAUACUGUUCUUGUUUAUUUCUUAGUCAACCUGUUUUCGUUCAUCGUUUCCACGUGACCAGACCAUCUAAGCAUUUACUAUUCCUGCUACAUCACAAUCUUCCCUUAUCGCGCUAUUCCUGAUCCUGUCACUCAAUUUUAAACCGAUCAUACUCCUUACCGCUCUCAUUCCCACCGCGUUUAUACUACUAUAACUUUUGCUCCCAAACAUUAGUUUUGGGACCAACACAACUCGAUGCAACGCCAAGCGAGCCAAUUUUGGACAUUUUCCGACUGCUCAUAAAGGCAACACUCCAUUCACCAUGUUCCCCGCGUUCACUCUCAUUGCAAUAUCACUAUCACACUUUCCAUCUGCUGUUAUUUGAUUCUAGAUAUACCAACUCCUUCACUGGCUCCACUCGUUCUCCUCCAAUCAAAAUAUUACUAUUAUGUUUUAAUUUCGCCUCGUAGUAGGUAAUAAAGUUUAAAAGUACUACGUUACUGCCAACUUUUAAAUAAUAACUUAAGAUUUAACAUUUUUUAUCUGUUUUUCGUUGGUUGUGUCAGAAAUAAAACUACAAGAUUCGUUUGUUACAGUUUUAACUGGAGUUUAUUUUUUUCCGUAAACAUUUUAAUAUUUUUUAUUUUUAGGCAAUUCUUAUACAUAUUAUAUAUUUUUUAAAUAUUGUGUUUCACCUACAGUUUAUUUUAUCAUAACUAUCGCAAGUUAUUUAAUAAAAACAAUUUUAACUGUGCACUUUUAUUGUGCAACCACAAUUUUAUCUUCAAAUCUGCCAUAGGGCUGAGAAGAAAUAUAUAUUAAUAAUUUUAACGUUGUAUUAGCGUUCACUACUGGACAUAGGCUUUUUAAUGGAUGCAUACAGGGAGCUGAAGGGUGACAAAAUAUAUAGCGUCAGUACGUCAAUGAGUCAUAAUAAUUUUGUUGGACUUUGGUAACUAACCAUUACACCGUGACCUCUGACGCUCAUUACAAAUAGUAUAUAAGCUACUUCUUUCUAAUGAUAAGUAUUUCUUUUUCUUUAUUAUUACAAUUGGCAAAGUCAUUGCUACUACCAAGUUAGAAGCUUAUUUGUAAUAACAAAAAAAGAAUUAGCUUAUGUACUUAUUGUAAUGACCGUCAGGGGUCGCUGUAUAUUGGUUGCGUACUUACCAAAGACCAACUAAAUUAUGCUGACAAUAGGUCAAUCAGUUGAUAUGUUGAUACAAAUGUUUCUUGUAGAAAGGUUUUAUUGAUCCGCCGAAGGUAAUUUAGCGGGAGCGAUGAUUCGGCUCGACCGCCACCAAAGGGAAGAUCUCCCGCCAGGCUGGUGUGACGCCUGGGGAACCGCGCGACAGACGAUGUUGUGUCAGAGUUUGUAUAUAUGCUCCAAUCCGUGAAAUCUUUUGCUUGCGCGAUUUAGACUUCGCUGUUUUUUUUUACUGAUAGCGUCGCGUGAUUUUAUUUUUGUGACUUGUGGCGUAUAGAUGUUGCCACAGUAAUAUUAUAUCCAACAGUUUCCAAAAAGGGACAUGUAACACCACUUAGGCUUAAAUCUUUAUACAUAGGUACAUUAGUUUGAGCGAAACUGAUAAUCUCAGUCUAUUGGACACUAAUAUGCAUUCUUAAUUCCUUCGUUUCUGUGAAGUUUUUGUACAUUCACUUGCCUUGAUGGAAAAUCUUAGUUCUAAAAUCAACCGUUAAAACUUGACUCUAAAUUGUAUUUUUCAAAGCUCUAUAAUGUAGGUUUGGUUCUUUUAAAAUGUAUUUAUUCAUAUAAGUAACAGUCUGCUCCAUUUUAAAAGACAUUGAAUUAAAUGUGUAUAUAAUGACAAUAUUAUUUAUGUUAAGAUAAUACUGAAGUUAGUUAAUUUUAAUAUUGAUUGAAAUUCAAAACAUAAAUUGGUAAACUCAUUUUUUGUACAAACCCUAUUUAAGAACAUAUCUUUUGCAAACAUUUGGAUGGAAAAUAUAAUUUCUUCUAAACUUGAGGUCACUAUCAAAAUAUUAUUACCAUUUUUAUAAGUGACACCGAAGUACCUGCGCAGGAGUGUAAUGUAUGUAUAAAGCGAAAAAAAUUGAGCGUUUGAGCCAAUCAGAGCUCUCCAUUUGAACCCACGAACUGAACUGUCCACUAUUACGAGCGAGAUAACGGGAGACAUUUUGUUUUUGGAUUUUAAGUUUGAUGUACUUGAAAUAAGGUCGUUUUUUUAAUUGAGUUUUCAUUCGGUUUGGUUUUGGCGGUAGGUUGCGCUGCCGAGGUGACUUCUAAAAGUGGUAGUAUUGUAUUACCGAAUUAUUGUAAUUGUAUUAUACAGAAUAUCGGAAUGAAGCCCGCGGUGAGCCUAUGAUUUAAACUUUGUAAUUAACUUUCUGAUAAGGUCAAGAAUUGAUGAUUAUUUCGAUUCCUUUCCGUUCCUUUCUAAUUGCUGCAAUUAGAAAGAGACCUUGAAAAAAAUACAAGUUUUGAAUUUUUUUUCCAAGGUUUGGUGGUAAUAAUAGCAGUAUUUAAAAAACAAAAGUCACAUUUGUGACAUAUAGAAAUACUGCAUCUGUUUGCAAUAUUAAGUCAAAAAUUUCUAGAACAAUAUUGAUGGAAUUUGACACAAAUAUAGACAAGAUCUUCGGGAGUUAAAUACAAAAUUCCCACGGGAGUGAAGCCCCGGGCAAAAGGGCUAGUAUAAAAUAAUUUCAGUAUGUCACAUUAUAUGUAUGUAAUUCUAUCAUUUAGUAAUAUUCAUCAUUUGUAAACAUAUAGUUUAAUAUUCGACCUCUUUAAGUAGUAUCGGAUAAUUUUUAAUGAAUUUUGUUUAAAAAUUUAGUUUGUACACUACCCUCGAUCGUCUGGUAGCGAAACGUUUACAUGUAAAUAUAUUUUUGUAAAAUGUUGCAUUUUCAAUCGAUUAAAAUGUUUUUAAAAUA